AUGGAUUCAAGCAUACUUGAUUAUGCUAGAUUUUAUCACGAAUUUAAACUGAAAAACCCAAACCUAAAUGUAGAAAUAGAAGCCGAAUACCUCAAGUUACAAGACACUUACCGCACUAAUGCAAAUGUUGCCGCUUCAGCUUAUUAUAGUAAUUUGGAUUUGGUACCUGGCAAUAUUUAUAUUUCUCUUUAUUUAAGCUUUGGUGGUGGCUUAUUAAAACGUGUAUCAUAUGACCAUCCAUUUGAACCAAACACAAAAGAAGUAUUAAAAAGAGAUAAAGUAUUGGAUGAUGAGUGGAAAAAACGUUUAAGGAAAGCUAAAUAUCAUUUACAAAUUCAUGAGGAUAUCACUCAUUUGGAAAUGAUUCGUAAAUCCUAUCAGGUUUCAUUUGCAAUGUUUGGAGUUAAUGAGUCCGUCUACCCGUGCCUAGCUAGAAGUAACGAUAAUGAUCAUGUAAUGGAGGAUGUUUCUUCAAGGACAAGGACAAGUGGUAACAUGGUUCUUCGUCGCAUAUCAGCAUCACCAAGUUUUGAAAGAAAGAAAAUAUCGAAAAAGACGAAAUACAAUGAAUUAGUGAAUUUGAUACGACAAUGGAUAUUAGCAAAGGCCGAUCCUAUUCAGAGUUAUAACGCUGAAGUAGAUAAGGAAAAGGAAAAAGUUUUAGCAACAAACGAGCUCAAAGAAAUGUUUGGAAACCUUGAUAUUAUUGAAGAGGAUGAAUGGGAACAUGAUGUUUAUGGAGAAGGCGUGUAUGAAAUUGAUGAAGAUAGUGCAGCAGAAGAAGCUGUGGGCAGUGCUAUCGGUAUGGAUUCAAUGAAAUUGAUGGGUCAGGCAAUCAAACUUGAAGCCGAAGCAGAAUAUCAGACGAGAAAAGCGCAGGAACAGGCUCAAGAAUAUGGAGAUAAUGCUUAUCAAUCGGUUAAAGGAACAUUUGCUAAAUUCACUGGAGGGCAAAAUGAAAAUGAUGAAGAAGCCAAUAAAAAAUAA